AUGGCAUCAAACGUGGAGUGCAGAGCUCAACUCUUCGCAUUUGGUUCCAAUGGGUCUGGUCAAUUGGGAAUAGGCCAUACCGAGGACGUAUCUGUUCCCCACCCAGUGUUGGGAUGUUUGGACGUGCAGCAAAUAGCAUGCGGCGGCAACCAUACAAUAGUUACAGGUAAGCACGGACUGGCGACUUCAGGAGAAAACAGCGAUGGGCGAUGCUUCACGGCGAGCGAUUCAUCCACAAACAACUCUCUAUUCUUACAUUCCGACAAGUACCCUGAAGCUAUGGUCGCGGCGACUUGGUCCGCUUCCUUCAUCUGUUCCGCUGGAUCUGUUCAUGCCUGUGGAGCUGGCAAUGCGGGGGAACUUGGACUUGGACCAGGAGUACAACUGGUAGGGACACCACAGGCCAUUGCCAACUUCCCUCCCGUUGGGACCAAGAUCGUAAAGAUUGCUGCAUGCAUGGCCCAUGUGGUAGUAGUACUUACUAAUGGUGAGGUAUGGGGAUGGGGCAAAGGUCGCAAAGGUCAACUAGACGAGCCUGCGGCCACAGUCUGGAGCCCGAGGAAAUUCAAAAACAUUGGCUUCUUUGCGGUAGACGCUGUAUGCGGAAAAGACUUUACAUGCAUCUUUGGUAGUCCAUCUACUGGAGAGCUCUUCGUUACAGGCCCGAACAGCAAUGACCGCUUCGGCGUCAAGACCAAUGCGCCCGCRAACGUCAGAGGCUGGAAGAAAGUUGCAGCAUCGUGGGGAAGCGUAUUUGUUCUUUCGGAAUCUGGAGAUGUCACCGCGUGGGGACGAAAUGACCACGGUCAGCUACCCCCGGUGGGUCUACCGCCUCUGUCAUCCAUCGUUGCUGGAAGCGAGCAUUGUCUCGGCCUUACCGAAGCUGGCAAAGUCUUAGCAUGGGGCUGGGGAGAGCAUGGUAAUUGCGGCGAUCCUACCGAUGCAAAAGGCGAUGUUAAGAAUGGGUGGAAUGAGAUUGCUCUUUCUCGGCCAGCGUCGGCCAUCUUCGCUGGAUGCGCCACCAGCUUUGUGGUGGCAGAUUGA